AUGCCACACUUCCUGCUGCACAGUCCUCUUGGGAGGCUGUGUGUGGCCCUGGCAUGUGUCCUGUCCCUUGGGAACACAGUGUCUGCCAGUAAAAGAGAAGCCAAGAAAGAAAAAGAAAUUAAUUUCCUGCCGACUGGUAUAGCAGGAUCUGUCCUUAAAGAAGAGUGGAAGGAGAAGGGGCUGGCGUUUCUUGCUUCCACAGAGCUGCCCGCAAGGUCUGUUGACCUGUCAGCACUUAACCUGACAGAUGUUGUAAACAGGAUGCUGAGCAGAGCUUUAAAAGAGAGCAGGCGGUUCUUCUCCCUGCUGAGCAUCACCUCCUACAGCUCCUUUGCCUUCCACAAGGUUUCCCUGGCCAUCUACAACAUUUCUAAUCUGAAGACAGUGGACCCAGCCAAAUUCCCCACAAGGUUCUGCUACUGUCUCAACAAUCGGACCAAUGACCUGUCAGAUUUCACAGCCCUCCUGGUAGAUGUCGUGGGGAACUCCACUGGCUCCCUCACAGAGGUUUUCAGGUCCACCUCCCUCCUCUCAGUGAGUCAGACUGAUGAAUCCGACUGCAUCUUCAUCUGUGUGAUGGCCGGCAAGGCAGGAAGGAAUCUCUCCGACUUCUGGGAGAUGGCAGAGAAAUCCCCAGUCAUCAACUAUACAUUCACAAGCAGUGCAUCUGCUGUCCUGGCUACCAGGGGAGCACCUGAAACACCACGGUUCCCUGCCGAAGGAAAGACACAGACGCCGACACUGUCCGUGCCUAGGGCUCAGACCACGGAAGAGAAAGCCCCCGGGGGGCCUCCGUGGGAAGCUCAGUCCUCCCCACCAGCCUCUGCAGAGGCCCAGGAGGCCAGGAGCACAGGGAGCUUUCUGGGGCCUGCUGCGGUAGUGAGCAUGGCCAGCAGCCCAGCCCAGCCCAGCCCAACCCGACUCGGCCCAACCUCAGGAACAGUGACCUCCAGCACUCAGACUUUGAGUCCGACCAAGGCACCAGCCCCCAAAGAUCUGCAAACAGGUGAGGCCCCUGCAGAGAGCCCAUUCGCCCCUGGGAAAGAGGCAGCCCUGCCCCCAGUUCCUCAUCAAGCAUCACGGUGUCCUCAGUCUCUUCUCAAAGAGGGAACCACAACAGCUGCUCCCAUCACACUGGCCAUCCAGAAGUUCAACCCAUGCCUGAUGGAGCUGUGUCGCUUCUUCCAGCAAUGCCUCUGUGGGAGCCAGAGGAGGAACCCUACGACAGACACUAUGCGGUACUGUCUGGACUACUACUCCUGGUUCCUGAAGAAUGCAACCUUCCUGUGUCAGAAGGUGACACGGGUGUCCCACUCACACACUUUAAAGCAAAAAUGCCUUGAAAAUAUCUGCAAGUCGGUAUGA